AUGACUCAAACUCCGAUUCCAAUUCCUAAUCCAAAGCAAGUAGUCGACGAUCUCAUCUGCUCGGAGGAGCAGCAGCAGCAGCGUGAUGGGCAGAUCGAGGAAACGGUCGACGCAUCACCGGCGAGUUUUGGCUCUCCGGGUCGGGUCUUAAGCGCUGAUACUAGGGUGGAGCGAGCUUGGGCACACUGGAAAAAACUCGGUAGACCAAAGUACAUCGUUGCUCCGAUGGUUGAUAACUCAGAGUUGCCGUUUCGAUUGCUUUGCCAGAAAUACGGAGCUCAAGCGGCUUAUACUCCGAUGUUGCAUUCGAGGAUUUUCAGUGAGACUGAAAAGUAUCGUAAUCAGGAAUUCACCACCUGCAAGGAGGACAGGCCCUUGUUUGUGCAGUUUUGUGCUAAUGAUCCUGAUACUCUAUUGGAAGCUGCGAAAAGAGUCGAACCUUACUGUGAUUAUGUUGAUAUCAAUUUAGGGUGUCCUCAACGUAUUGCUAGGCGAGGGAAUUAUGGUGCAUUCUUGAUGGAUAAUCUUCCUUUAGUGAAAUCACUUGUCGAAAAGUUAGUCCAAAACCUCAGUGUUCCUGUCUCUUGCAAAAUCCGGAUUUUCCCGAACCUUCAAGAUACGCUGAAUUACGCUAAGAUGCUAGAAGAUGCUGGUUGCUCGCUGUUAGCUGUUCACGGCCGAACAAGAGAUGAGAAAGACGGGAAAAAGUUUAGAGCUGAUUGGAGCGCAAUCAAGGAAGUGAAAAACGCUCUGAGAAUCCCUGUUCUAGCGAAUGGGAAUAUAAGAUACAUUGAAGAUGUUGAUGACUGCAUCAAAGAGACUGGCGUUGAAGGUGUUCUUUCCGCUGAGACGCUUCUUGAAAACCCCGCGGUCUUUGCAGGGUUUAGAACAGCUGAAUGGGCAAAAGAUAGCGAAGCAGAAGAAGAGGGAUUCGUCGAUGGAGGAUUAGAUCAAGGAGAUUUAGUUGUCGAGUAUUUGAAGUUAUGCGAGAAACAUCCUGUUCCAUGGAGGAUGAUUCGAUCUCACGUUCAUAAGAUGUUGGGAGAUUGGUUUAGGGUUCAUCCACAGGUUAGAGAAGAGUUUAAUGCCCAACACAUAUUGACGUUUGAGUUCCUAUACGGUCUUGUGGAUCAGCUAAAAGAGCUUGGAGGACGAGUUCCACUCUACAAGAAAAGGAAGAUAGAGACUCCGAAGCAAGAAGAGUCUCCUCAAAGGGUAGAGAGUUGA